UCCAGCAGCACCGUGCCAGCCUCUGUGUGCAGCUCCAUGCCUGUGCCCAGCACCCCAGAGCCCCCCAGCAGCACCGUGCCAGCCUCUGUGUGCAGCUCCAUCUUGGAGCCCUCCAGCAGCACCGUGCCAGCCUCUGUGUGCAGCUCCAUGCCUGUGCCCAGCACCCCAGAGCCCCCCAGCAGCACCGUGCCAGCCUCUGUGUGCAGCUCCAUGCCUGUACCCAGCACCCCAGAGCCCUCCAGCAGCACCAUUCCAGUUUCCCCGUGCAGUUCCAUCCUAGGAUCCAGCACCCCAGAGUGCCCUGGCAACAGUCUGCAGCUCCAUCCUGUGCCAGUCUCCCCGUGCAGCUCCAUCCCAGUGGCCAGCAUCUUGGAGUCCCCUGGCAGCACCAUGUGCAGCCUUGUCCUGGGGCCCUGCACUCUGGAAUCCCCUGGCAGCACCACCCCAGGGUUCCCCAACAUUAUUAGCUCAGUGUCUUGCAACCCAAACUCUCCAGGCAGCUCUGCUCUACCCCCCUGCAGCUCUGGGUCCCCUGGCAAUGCCAGCACAGCCUCCUGCACCCCAGGGCCCCCUGGCACCAGCUCCACUCCGCAGAAGACUCCUUUCCGCAGGUGGCGAGCAGCACCUCCAGACUUUUCCUGCAGCUCUGUGGCCUCUGAGCCCCCAUCUGCAAAUGGGAGUGCUGAUCAUCUGCAUUGCCAAGGCACCCCUGAGGGAGCUGAGUUCCCCACCCCUGUCCCCCCAGAACACAGCCCACCUGGCCUCCCUCCCAUCGAGGCAAGUGGGUUGGAGCCUGCAGGGUCAGAAACCACUGUCACCCCUGUCACCUCGCCUGAAUCCACCCUGGGUGCUGUGUCCUGGACGUUACCACUGGUGUGGCUGGAGAAGACCCUCAACACCUCGUUCCUGGUGGAAUCCCUGCGGCACAGCCUGCCCCUCCGCAAGCUACAGCAGGAUGCCAGCAGCAGUGUCACCCCCGUGACCACCACAGUUGCCAACACCAGCACGACCCCUGUGCCAACUGUGGUCACUGGCACCAGCAUGACCCCUGUGUCCACUGUGGUUGCUGGUAUUAGCACAACCCCAGUGCCCACCAUGGUCACUGGCACCAGCACGACCCCCAUGCCGACUGUGAUCACUGGCACCAGCACGACCCCUGUAUCUACUGUGGUUGCUGGCAUUGGCACGAGCCCGGUGCCCACUGCGGUCACUGGCACCAGCAUAACCCCUGUGUCCACUGUGGCUGCUGGCAUUGGCACGAGCCCAGUGCCAACUGUGGUCGCUGGCACCAGCAUAACCCCUGUGUCCACUGUGGUUGCUGGCACUGGCACGAGCCCAGUGCCAACUGUGGUCGCUGGCACCAGCACGACCCCUGUGCCUACUGUGGCUGCUGGCAUUGGCACGAGCCCAGUGCCAACUGUGGUCGCUGGCACCAGCACGACCCCUGUGUCCACUGUGGCUGCUGGCAUUGGCACGAGCCCAGUGCCAACUGUGGUCGCUGGCACCAGCACGACACCAGUGCCCACCACAGCCAUUGGAACCAGCAUGACCCCGGUGCCCUCUAUGGCCACGGGCACCAGCAUGACCCCGGUGCUCUCCACGGCCACCGGCACCUUCAUGACCCCUCCGGAGGUGUGGGAGAGGAGCACGAACACAUCCAGGGGAAGCCUGCCCUGUGCCAAGGACAGCGCUGCGGAAACAGACUCCCUGCUCUGGCACUGUCCCCGGGAGCAGCUGAAGACCCUGCCACGGGCAGAGCUGGAGGGGAGGCUGGAGAGCACCCUCAUCAUCAUCGAAGCCCUCUCGCUGCAGCUGCGGGACUGGCAGGAGAGCCAGCGGCCGCAGCCCGGCGUGGGGCCGGCCAAGCAGAGGGACGCGCUCACACAGACGGACACCACCCACCCCGAAGGGAAGGAAGCAGCCUGGAGCAGCCAGAGCCUCCUGUUCCAGGGCCUUGCAGAUGCUGCUUUUCGGAGCUUGCAGGAUGAGCAGGGAGCCCUCACGCAGGAGCGGGAGCAGGAGAGGACCCUGGUGUCCCAGUGCCAGGCUGUGCCCGAGAGUGCUCCCAGCAAGGUGCAGAGCUGCCUGGAAGAGCGGGAUGCCAUCAGGCAGCGAGUGGAUGAAGCCCUACGAGCCAAGGAUCAGGGAUAUCUCUUCCUGGAGGCUUUCUGUGCCCACGCCAGCGCCCAGAUCAGUGCCCGUGACCAGAGCCUGGCCUCCCAGCAAGAGCUGAGCAUGCUGCUGGCCCAAGCCAUCAGCCUGCAGGCAUCCCUGUCUGCCGAGGCACAGUCUUUCCGGGAAUUCUUAGAUGCCACCUUUGAAAAUCUGGAGAAAGAAAGGAGGGCCCUGGAUGAGGAGCGGGAGCAGAUGAGGGCCCUGGUGUCCCAGUCCCAUGCCCUGAUGGAGCGUGUGCCUGGCAAGCUGCAGAGCUGCCUGGAGGAGCUGGCUGCCACGCGGGAACGAGCAGAGGAAGCUCUUCAAGCCAAGGAGGAGGCAUCCUGCCAGCUGGAGAAAACCUUGGUGACGCUGCAGGACACAGAGGCUCAGCUGGAGCAGCUGACAGUGGCCAACUCACGCCUGGGCAAAGACCUGAGCUCUGUGAUGAUAAAUCUGGCCAGCAUGGAGCAGGAGCGGGAUGCACUGCAGCAGGAGAAUGAGAAGCAGUGGGAGGAGAUGGCCCAGCUGGCGCAGGAGAGGAACUCCCUGCAGCAGGAGUGCAAGGAGCUGUGCCAGGAGCUGAGGGAGGCCACCGAGUGCCGGGAGUUCCUGGAUCAGGAGAACAAAAUGUGCCGCACGCAGCUGCUGGAGGUGGAGGGCAGGCUGAACUCCACGCUGGCCACGCUGCAGGAGCGUGUCCUGCAGCACAAGGAGCUGAUGGAGUCCCACCAACGCCUGCGGGAAGAGCAGGCUGCCCUCAGCAAGGAGCUGGACAGCACCAAGGCUGAGCUCCUCAGCUUGCAGACAAAGAGGAACAAAGUUUCUUGGUGCUCCACGGACAUUAUGGAGAGCAAGAUGCGGUUGCAGGAGCUUGCUGACUGCCUCAAGGCUGCUCUGGAAGAGCAGGAUGAUGAUGAUGCUCCAUCGAGAAGCAAAGCCUGGACCCCGGGUCCCCGGACCCCGGGCUGGCAGACCCCACGCCGUGCCUGGACCCCGGCCUUCCGCACCCCGGCCUUCCACACGCCGGCGUGCCACACCCCGCAUCGCGCCACCAGCUCCUUCGUGGGCAGCGUCCUGAAAGCCGUGGCAGGGAAAGAUGCCAAUGAAACCACCAGAAGUGGGAGUAGAGUUGCCAAGGACAAACUUGCACCUGUGUCAAAGGCAAUAGAUCCCGAGGACGCUCUGCUGGAGAGCGUGAAGGAGCUGAGAGCUGUGGUCUCCAACCUUGCCAUGCUGAGCUCCCGCAUCCAGGAACUGGAGCAGAGCGAGUUCAGGGCACUGCAGACAGAGAUCUCUGACCUGCAGCUCCGCCUGGAGACAGUGACAGCUGAGAGCCAGGAGAAGGUGGAUGCCCAAGCUGCCACCAUUGCCAAGCUGAACAAGGCACUGAGGACCAAGCUUGAGAAUGAGAAGGAGCUGCAGGACGUGGUGAAACAGCAGGAAGAGAAGAUGUUGCAACUCAUCGACAAGAGUGGGGAAGUCAUGAGGCUGAAGGCAGAAGUCUCGGAGCUGAAGCGCUUGCUCCAGCGUGCAGAGACAGAGGCCAAGGUGCUGUGGGAGGAGAUGAGGGACAAGGAGCACCAGGUGGACACUGCCUACGUCCAGGAGCGGGUCAUGCUGCGGCGGGAGGUGGAUAAACUGCGGCUGCUGCUGGUGGAAAAAGAGGAUGAGAACAUACGGCUCACUGACAAGUACCUGGAGCAGGUCCGAGGGCUGGAGAUGAAGUUCCAUCAUACCCAGAAAGUGCUGAGGACCCAUGAAGAGAUGCAGGAGAAGAUAAAAGAGGUCCUGUCGGCUGUUCCUGAGGUGGCUCUGGGUUGCCAGGAGCUCCAGAGCCUGCUGCACUACCUGGGCCUGAAGCCAGCCAGCAAGGAAGCUGCUGAGCCGCUAUAGCCUGUAGCCUGAAACCUUUCCUGUUGUUAAUGUUGUAAUUAUUUAUUGAAUAAAGUUGUGUUGGCUUUUACCCUGCCUGCUGUGUGCAUUCAGGAAGCUCCUGGUGCUGUGGGUGGGGACAACUCGUCCAGCCUGUGCCGGUUGCUCCUGUUCUGUCACGGGGCUGUGGGCACAGCUCCCUGCCACCCCAGGGCCUCUCCUUCUUGGCGGGGGACACAUCGUCCCCCCCUCUCUGCCAGUGUUUGCUCUCAAUAAGGGCCCGCGUUCCCCAGGCUCCCACCCUGCGGCCCCGGCAGCAGCCUGAGUGCCCGGGCUGAGCCAGCUUCCCUCCCCUGCUCCCUGCUCCUCCUCCUGCCCUAGAUUCCCUCCUGCCCUGCUCUGCAGGGGCUUGUCUGGACCCUGCACCCCGUCCUGGGGCUGCGGGCACGAGCCUGUUGCGUGGGACUUGUUCCAGAGGUUGGAUUCCUCGCCUUAUCGCAGGGAUGGUUCCAGAGGUUGCAUCCUGCACCCCCAUCACGGGGCUGUGGGCACACGCCUGUUGCACGAGGAUGUUUCCCCCUCCCAGGCUGGCUCCAGCACGCAGCAUCCCAUGGCUCAGCCAGCGCUGGGAGCUCUGCCAGCUCCUGCUCCCAACCCCCCUUGGUCGCUGCUGCUGCAUGGAGGGGGGGCUCCCUUAGGGGCUCCCCAGCUCCCAGCACAGCUCCAACCUCACCUCCCUUCUUCCCUGCGGGGGCAGCUCCUGCGGGAUCCCCCUCCCGGUGUUCCUGACCCCAAGGAUGCUCCCCACCGCCAUGGGGACCACGCGGCACCCUCCCUCCCCUGCGAGGGCCCAAAAUAGCAGCACUCCAACAAGUGCUCUGGUUUUUAAUGGCCUCUUUCUCCUGCCCAAGGGGGAUGGAAAUCACCUUCUCCUGCCCUCUGCCACAGCCCUGCCGCUCUGUGUGGGGCGGGUGCUGUGACACGUGGGGCGCUGGCACCGAUUUAUCUACCCGGGAAAUGUUUGGGGCUGUGCCUCCGUGUCCUGGGUGUGUGGGUGGCUCGUGGCAGUGCUCUCUGCUCCCUGCCACUGCCUUCCUCCCUGCCCUGUGACCCCGUGGGGUCGGGUACAGCCUCCCGAGAUGCAAGGCCAGCAGCGGGGGGCCCCGGCUCUGGGAUGCAGGGAAAUGUGUUCCCUUCCCUGGAUUCGGGCCACGCAGGGCGGCUGAGCCUCCUUUUACGGCGGGAUUCAGCACAGCGGGGCCCUGGCAGCCGUCCCCGUGGGGCGAGUGGGGACACUAGCAUUGUCCCUGUGCCGGCUGCGGGUGGUUUUUUAGGGGGGGUUGGUCUCCUGUGAGUGUCCCCACCCUGUCCUGGAGGGUCUGGGGCUCAGUGCUGCUCCAGGGCACAGAGGUGGCACGGUUUGGGCAUCCUGCACAGUUACAGUGACCCCAGCCUGGAGGUGGAAUAAGGGGGUCCCUGGCUCAGGAGUGAUGAAGAGAAAGUCUCUUUUUAGAUAAUAGUGGAAAUAGGGGGCACAGCCUGGAGGUGGUUUGGAGGGGUCACUGUCCUUAGUUGGCAGUAGCAAUAGGGGGGCACAGCAGGGUCCCCAUCAGCAACAGGGGGGUGUCAGAGGUCCCUGCCCAUAACCAAGCAGGGGUGGUUGGACAGAGGGGUCUCCAGCAGCAACUGGAGAUGGCACAGUGGAAUGGCCUAGGUGGCAUGAGGGGGCCUUCCCAUGACAAGGUGUGACUCAGCUGUGUCCCUGGGCGGUGGCAGGGGGGGCACAGAGGGGUCCCCAUCACCAGAAAAGCAUUGCAAACGUGUGAUACAGUGGGGUCU